UAUUUGUGUUUUUUUUCUUCGUGUGUGUGAUGGGCGCAGUGUCACCGAGUCUUUUCUGCGUGCUCGUGUGGUUUUCUGGAGCAUGUGAGCACGAGUUUGCUGUAUAAGGAAUGUGCAACGCAUUUGAGUUUUAGAGGAAUUAGGGUUUUGGCGUUUUGCUGCAGUCUCGUGUUUUUCCUCGCAGUCUGUUUUUUUUCAAGUCUCCCCUGGCUAUUGGAGAGAUAGCAGAGAUGGAUUGUGUGAGAGCGAUGUCGUCUGUGUGCCCUGGGACGACGUUCAUGGCGAUUGGUAGAUCGGGCUUCGGCAAUGGUGCUGGCGAUGCAGCCAGUUUUCGUGGCAGGAUUGGGAGUUUUGCUCCCCCUAGAUUGCACGGAUCGCAGGUUAGGGGAGGAUUGCAAGGAGUGGUGGGUUUGAAGGGGUUCGCGUGGCCGAGGGGAGGCGGAGUGCGAGCCUCUUCAUCUGGAAUUGGGAUGACCCCGAGCGAGCCACUGGAUUCCAAGGCCGAUAAGGCUGCAAGUGAAGCAGAGGGGGAGUUCGAUUCUGUGAAGCAGUCGAUCGGAAGCUCUGUGGAUAGUGCCAAGGAGACGGCGAGUGAUGUGCUUGAUGACUCGAAGCAGUCAUUCGCGAGCACGGUGGAUAAAAAACGGGCGGGGGAAACUAAGAGUUUGGUUGAAGAUACUGCCAGUAAGGAACUGGAGAAGCUCAAAGACAUCACAAAUCAGCUCUUAGAGCAAGCAGAAAUUGCACGACAAAAGCUUGCUGCAACGGCACAGGAAACAGCCUACAAACAGAAAGACAAUUUAGCAUAUGUUGCUGAGAAUGGACCGGAGCCAGUGAAAGAAGUCGCAGGAUCAGCCCUUAACGCACACUAUUCAAACUCUGGAAAGAGCGGUUCUAAGAUUCACGAUUUCUGCUUAGGUAUCCCGUUCGGGAUUCUCCUCGCUGGUGGUGGUUUGCUUUGGUUUAUAAUUUCGGGUGGCACUUCCGCCAUCAGGUUCGGUGUCAUUCUGGGAAGUGCUCUUCUGUACUUGAGUGUGACGAGUUUGAAGAAGUGGAAAAAUGGAGAAUCCUCUAUGCCAUACAUCCAGGGCCAAGCAGCCAUCUCUGCUUUCCUUUUUCUCAGGUACUACCGACGUUUUACUGUAAACAAGUUGUUCUUUCCGACAGGAGUUACAGGCUUAUUAAGUGGGGCGAUGUUGGCCUUCUAUAUUUAUGUAUUAGUGUCUGGUGGGAACCCUCCCCCUAAGAAAUCCAAGAUUCAGUCUAGUUAGGGGGUCAAACUGUCCGACAAGCACCUUUUGGCUUUUCGAAUAUUCAUACCCCUCUCCUAGGCCGUCAUGCAAAGCUUAACAGGUGAUUCGUUCAAUUUUUGAAGAAGAAUGUAUUCAAGUCAUUUAAUGGAGCAUCAGUUUGGAAGUUCUUAAUGUCAA